AGGGCGGUGUUGGUUCUGCGCGUGACCACCCACAGCCAUGGCCGUGGUAGGGUCUGCUUUCCGCCGCCUAGGUGCCUUGUCCGGAGCUGGGGCCUUGGGUUUGGCCACCUACGGGGCACACGGCGCCCAAUUUCCGGAUGCGUACGGGAAGGAGCUCUUUGACAAGGCCAACAAGCACCACUUUUUGCACAGCCUGGCUCUUUUAGGGGUACCCUAUUGCAGAAAGCCUCUCUGGGCAGGACUACUGCUAGCUUCUGGAACUACCUUAUUCUGUACCAGCUUUUACUACCAGGCUCUGAGUGGAGACACUAGCAUCCAGAAUCUGGGUCCUGUUGGAGGGAGCCUGCUAAUCUUGGGCUGGCUUGCCUUGGCUGUUUGAGGUCUCUUGUUUAAUUGCCAGUCCUGGGCUUUCUGGGUAAUGGGGUGG